AUGCGGUCCUCCGACACGGCGGAGGUGACCCGCGUCACUGCUGAAGCGGGCAAUAGUGCUGACACGGAGAGGUGUUUGUACAGAAGGGGAAUCGUUCAGUUGCAGGUACUGAAGACCUUGGUGGAGAAGUGCACCGGAAUACACACACUGACGGCUCCCUACAAACUGCUGAAGUCUGAAAGGUGCUCGGAGGCCCUGUCGCAGCUGCACAACCUCCGUGUGCUGAAUCUGGAACCGGAAUACAAGGAAUUCGAUCGUAGCUCUACCCAGGAACCUUGUUUGGUGCGACCUCUGGUCAACGGAUGCCCGCAACUAGCCGAGGUCGACUUUGGGUUUACGUAUAUCAAUAUGGAAGACCUGAGGUACUUUCUGAGAGCCAAGAGGAACACCCUCAGGUCGAUACGCAUAAAGUGGGCGAUGGGUGGGACGAGCUGUGUCCCACCGUUGCUGGAGGCCUGCACCGAGUUGGAACGUCUGGAACUCUGCGAGGAUGACGACUUUGAGAUGGUCCACAGUAUACCGAGAGAGGCGUUCACUGCCCUGGGAAAGCUGAAGAACUUGCAGGAACUCAGGAUAUCGAUCCCUAUUCGACUACCGCCUGGAGUUGCUCCUCUGGCAUUUAAGGGUCGAGGGCUGAAAAGAUUGAGAAAGCUGGACAUAUGGUGUGGACCUGGCUUGGACAAUGAGACAAUAAUUGCCAUCAGCCGUGGGCUCCCUGCUUUGCGGAACUCUCUGUCUGUGAUGCAAAGGUGCUCUCGGCUGCUGCCUUCUCUGAGAUCUACCGCCUGGAACAGCUUGAAAUAUUGGACGUGACAGAUUGCAGAACACUCGGCGGGGCCCUGUUCUCCUACCUCGUCGGGCUGCCGCGACUUCACACGCUUCGAAUGGAAAAUAUGGCUUUUGCGAGGCUGCAACCGGGUGUGAGCAGCAUCCUCGAAUUGUCAGGUGUGCGCUGCCUGACAUUCGAUUAUUCCGUUGUCGCUGGAGUUCCGUUUGAAAAGUUUCCAGAAAAGCUCGUCAAUCUCAGGCUCUCAGCGUUCGCCAGUUUUUGGCCUCAACGAAGACGACUACCUUGACCCACGCGCCCUAUUCGCCGGAUUUAGCACCCUCGGACUUCUUCCUAUUCCCGAGGAUGAAAAGAGACUUGAGAGGGAAGCGUUUUGCGGAUGUGGAAGACGUAAAACGCAAUGUCAUCAAAGUGCUAGCAUGUACAAAGAGGACGAAUUUAAAAGGUGCUUUGACUACUG